AUGGCAAAUUUUCCUUUCACUCGGAAGUCACCUGAGCAUUACACCGAGAAACUUGGAAGUCUUGUGGAGACUGCCACUGAAUUAUCAUUAUUUCAUGACUGUAAAGUCUAUAUCUUUGUUGAUUAUCCCCAACAUGGCUUUAUAUUCAAGUCAAUCCAAGACCCUAUCUGGCCACCACCGGACCAGUAUCUCUCACGGAAUCUAUCAAUUAAAAGAUUGUAUGCUGAGGAUUUGGUAUACUCACGGUUCACUGAAGCGGAACGGAAAGACUUUAUCCAACUGGUACUAUUUUUCUGCGAUCUGGCUCAUCGCUGGGGUUUAGCUUCCGAAAUCUAUCCACAAAGCCCCAGAAGCCCAGAUGUGGAAGAAAAUGAUAUGUGUGAGAUGAGCGAGGAUAGUGUUCCAUACCCAAGGUCUAGUUGGCGGGUCUUUGGCAUCGAUUCAUUGUCUCCCUUGCAAGUAGCUAUGGUUAUGGUCUACUUUAUUGGGACUGCCGUUUGCAACUUUAUCGGGGUGAACACUCCCUCUGAAAAAGGAACGCGUGCUGCUCAUCUCUCACUGAUCAAUUUACUCCCACUUUAUUUCUCCGGUGGCCGGGACUUUAGUGCCCGCCUUCUUGGGCUAUCUCUAGAAACCUACGGGAUUAUACACAGAACAGCGGGAUUUAUGACUGUCAUCCAAGCUACUGUUCAUGUUGUUAUUACCUACCAUGAAGUCCCAUUCGAUAGUGGGUGUAUGUUUCUGUCCCUUUUACUGCUCCCAACCGUGAAACGUCGUGUAUAUGAAGUUUUCCUCGUUACUCACUUGGCAUGUGCUGUCCUUGGCCUCAUAUGGAUCUGGCAACACCUUGACCCGGCACAUGAUCUCUCUCGCAAAUAUUUACUUGCAUGUAUCUGCACGUUCACAAUUACCGGGACCUUUCAGCUUCUGCGAAUUAUCUAUCGCAAUAAAGUCCUGGGCAAACGAUCUGUCCGCAUGGUCAUGAAGCCAUAUGCUGAAGAUAUUGUACAAGCUAUACUGCACCUCCCGCGACCCUGGGAGGUACGAGCGGGGGAAAGAAUCAACCUUGGCGUGCCUUCACUCGGCAUCUUUUAUUUGUUCCAAUCUCAUCCCUUUUCAAUCACUUGGUGGGAGGUAAAUGCUGAAGGAGAAGCUAUCUCUGUCUCGAUAUUGUUUCGGGCUCGCACUGGGUUUACUAGAAAAGCGCUGAAAUGUAUGGAGCCGGACCGUGAAUAUUGGGCUUGGAUCGAUGGGCCGUUUGGACCAUCUCCGGUUCAUAACUACGGACUUUCACGGGAGGUAGGGGACUACGGACACAUUCUCAUGAUCACUACGGGAAUUGGAAUUGCGGCUCAGCUACCUUAUAUCAAAGAGCUGCUAUACUUGCAUCGUAAUGCUAGGGUCACUACCCAGAAGAUUACUCUCGUGUGGCAAUUAGACCGGACUGGCGAUUGGGAGAGUUCUCGUGAUUGGCUGCAGAAUCUGGUCAAGCAGGAUGACGGUUACAUGCUUGAGGUCAUGGUCUAUGACCCUUCGAGUGCGGACAACAUACAGGUGCCGCGAAAAAUCGGCCAUCAUGAUUUGAUUUCAUUCUAUGGAGGUAAGGUAAAUUGGGAAAAGAUACUUUCAACCGAAAUGAAGCGGCAGGCUGGCAAGCUUCUAGUGACGGUUUCUGCCCGUCGCCGAAUCCGAAACCUAGUGCGACAGCUAGUGAGGAACAGUGUGUGGUUUGAUGUUGAGCUUUUCGAGCUUGAGUUCCAGCCUUGGCAAGAAAGACGAGAUUGGCUGUCUUUCUUCACGCCGUAA